GUCUUAAGUUUAAUAUGUCUUCCAGUCAGCAUCCCGUCGCUGCAUGUCUCGCGUACCUCGAGGCAAAUGGCCUGCAGUCCACUGUGACAGAGCGGCUGGGUGAAUGCUGGCUGCUGCUCGUCGCGCGCACACUCAGCAUGUCCGUCAUUGCAAUUUGCAUCUUCCUCAAGCUGCCUCAGGCGCAAACCAUCCUCCGCGCAAGGAGUGCUGAAGGCAUCAACGUUCCAUCGCUGCUGCUGGAAAUCCUCGGAUACUCGUCCGUCAUUACGUUCGGUUGGAGAAAGGAACUAUCAAUCACAGUAUACGGCGAACUGAUCCUACUGCUCUUGCAGGACUAUCUGGUGCUCGCGUUAAUCCUGCACUACACGAAACGAUUCACCCCCAACGUGUACGCAAGCAUCGUGCUCUACUUUGCCGUGUUCUUUGCGUUCUUACUGGGCUAUGGUCCAGUCGUUGUGGUACAAGUAUUACAGUCUUCAGCUAUUUUGAUUAGCGCUGCGAGCAAGCUUCUUCAGAUCUCUGCCAACAUCAAGAACCAAGGCACAGGCAGGCUCAGCUUGGCAACGUUGGCUCUAAACACGUAUGCAUCCUACGCUCGCCUCACUUCGAUCCUGAUUGAAGUCGAUAGCAUUGCAUAUGCUAUCAGCGGCAUCAUCAGCUCGACACUCAACACCGUUCUAACUUUGCAAGUCAUUUACUACGCAAAAGCCACCAUCCAACGGCCGUCCACGACAGAAACGGCCAAGACCAAGUGAUUUGCAAUGCACUUGUAUUUCUUGAUGGUGUUAUCGUGAUUUGCAAUGCACUUUAAUUUCUUGUAUCAUGUUUAAUGCUUUGGGUUAUACCGC